GUUCGGCACACGGCCGAGCGCUUUCAGCGGAGCAACGAGACAGUCUCGAGGUGCUUUCAUCUCGUCCUCAAUGCUCUCACAUCGGACGGCUUUCGGAACACAUACAUGAAGCUGCCAGAGAGCACGGACACACCCCCACGUAUCCUACAUGACCCGAAGCUGUACCCCUUCUUCAAAGACUGCCUUGGCGCUAUAGAUGGCAGCCAUUUCUUUGUCCACCCACCCGCUAUGACACGUGGGCGCUGGCGCGAUCGCGAA